AUGAGUUUUAGAAAUUAUAAAGAGAAAAUCGACGAAGGUGAUACUGUAAUAUUGUAUUUAAGUAACAAUCUUUACGCCCUCGAUGUGAGACCUGAAAUAAAAAAUAAAAAAGGUGACAUGGUAGAAAAUGUUUACCAAACACCGUUUGGAGCUUUGAAGGUUAGAAAUCUUAUUGGAGCUGAUUAUGGAAGCCGGGUGGAACUAUCCAAGGGCUGGGGUCACGUGUUACAACCAACUCCAGAGUUGUGGUCUUUGACCUUACCCCAUCGCACACAAAUUAUCUAUACACCUGACAUUAGUAUGAUAUUAUUGCAGUUGGACUUGAUACCUGGCAGUGUCGUUGUUGAAGCUGGUACUGGCAGCGGUUCACUCGCUCAUGCACUUAUUCGCCGUGUGCGCCCACAUGGCCAUGUCUAUACAUUUGACUUUCAUGAACACAGAGCAAAAAUUGCUAGAGAAGAGUUUAAUGAACAUGGGCUGGCAGAUUUCGUAACUACACAACAUAGAGACGUACUUGCCGACGGCUUCGGCGAGAAUCUAAAAGGAAAAGCUGACGCCGUAUUUCUUGAUUUGCCGAAGCCAUGGGACGGUGUGACUCACGCUGUUGCUGCGAUCAAGGAGCAGGGAGGCCGCUUCUGUUCAUUCUCACCGUGCAUAGAACAAGUACAGCGCACUUGCUUAGCUCUCAAAGAACAUGGCUUCCAAGACAUAUCGACCAUGGAAGUAUUGCAGAAUGAACUCAAAGUCACCAGACGGAACGUCCCCGUCAGAGACCUGUCGUUCCUCAAACAUAAGAGUUCAGAAUGUCCAGUGGAGGAGAAACCAAACAGUGAGAAGAGCUAUGUGGUGGCUUCGUGGCCCUCAAGCACGCCCGGACACACUGGUUACCUCACCGUCGCCACGCUACCGCCAACGUUUAUUAGAAAAAAAUCUAAUUCGAUAAAACCGGAUUCGGCCAUCGAAACUCAGUCGGAUGAAUUGUGGCAAGUAACGAGUAAUGAAGCGAUGGCCGUCGACGUAGCAGCCACAUGA